AAUUCCCUUAAAGAAAUUCCGUUCCAUCCGACGGGAGUUGACAGACUCGGGGAGGAGCGUAGAGGAGCUUCUGGCCGACAAGCACUCCCUCAAGUACAACUUUGGCUUCCCCGCCAGUAAUGAACCCACUCCAGAAACCCUGAAGAACUACCUUGACGCCCAGUAUUACGGUGAGAUCGGCCUGGGUACCCCCCCUCAGACCUUCACUGUGGUAUUUGACACCGGCUCCUCCAACCUGUGGGUGCCGUCCGUUCACUGCUCCAUCUUGGACAUCGCAUGCUUGCUUCACCACAAAUAUAACUCUGCCAAGUCCAGCACGUACGUGAAGAACGGCACCGCCUUUGCCAUCCAGUAUGGAAGCGGCAGUUUGUCGGGCUACCUCAGUCAGGACACGUGCACGAUCGGGGACAUUUCAGUGGAGAAGCAGCUCUUCGGAGAGGCCAUCAAGCAGCCCGGCGUGGCCUUCAUCGCGGCCAAGUUCGACGGGAUCCUCGGCAUGGCCUACCCACGCAUCUCUGUGGACGGGGUGGCGCCAGUCUUUGACAACAUCAUGAGCCAGAAGAAGGUGGAGAAGAACGUCUUCUCCUUCUACCUGAACAGGAACCCGGACACCCAGCCCGGCGGCGAGCUGCUGCUGGGAGGAACCGACCCCAAAUACUACAGCGGAGACUUCAACUACGUCAACAUCAGCCGCCAGGCCUACUGGCAGAUCCACAUGGACGGGAUGACGGUGGGCAGCCAGCUCAGCCUGUGUAAGAGCGGCUGCGAGGCCAUCGUGGACACCGGGACGUCUCUGAUCACCGGGCCCUCGGCGGAGGUCAAGUCCCUGCAGAAGGCCAUCGGAGCCAUUCCACUCGUCCAGGGAGAGUACAUGGUGAACUGCGACAAGGUCCCAUCGCUGCCUGUCAUCACCUUCAAACUGGGCGGGCAGCUGUACACUCUGACCGGAGAGCAGUACAUCCUCAAGGUAACUCAGGCCGGGAAGACCAUGUGCCUGAGCGGCUUCAUGGGUCUGGACAUCCCUGCCCCCGCCGGGCCCCUGUGGAUUCUGGGAGACGUAUUCAUCGGCCAGUACUACACCGUCUUCGAUCGGGAGAACAACAGGGUGGGAUUUGCCAAGUCCAAGUAAUAAGCACAUCCUUCGCUGGAGCAACAAGUUCAAGUACAAAAGCUUAAAAAUCCAAGUUUUAGGAGAUAAAAAAUUGUGCUGCACACGUUUUCUGUUGCUUUGCAAUCAAACAGGAUAUAGCAAUAGAUUUUGUGUAGAGCCUAAAUGCACUGAUCUAAAGAAUUUGUAUGAUUUCCGUUUGUGUAACGGAUCGAAAGGUUUGAUAGUUGUGUGACGGGUGAACAUGAUCAGGGAUCAGCUGGUUGUUUCGGUACUGCCCUUUUUAAACAUCUAACUUUUUUUUAAUCAGGGAUUUGAACACUUUUAAUUUGUGUGUUAGGAGGAAGUUGUUCCUCUACUACUGAAGUUGAGAUGUAUCUUAAUGUGAUUUGGCCUGAAUAAAGUUUUUAAAAGAA